AUGGCUUCUGGAGUUCGUGAUCUUAAUGAUCGACAACGUUUUCUCGACAUUAACGAAGAACCAGAUGAACCAUUACCUCCAUUACCGAUGCCCGUUAAUGGAGAAAAAGGAAUACAAUCAUUAGGUGAAUGUGUGAAACCCAUUCUUAAUUUAAAAUUAGUUGACGAUUUAUUAAAUAAAGUGGCAUAUUCAUUAGAAAAAUGUAAACACCCAAAAGAUGAUCUUACACAAGAUCAGUCGGCUGCAUUAUAUCUAUACUCACUUCAGACUUCGUUUUAUACGAGGUUUAAUGGUGCAUUACGUAAUGAAGAUCGCACAAAAGCAGUACCGUUUUAUGACUAUUAUAGGUUGUUUAUGUUUGCACUAAACAAAUUACCAUCAAUUCAAGAUAAUGUGUGGCGUGGUGUUACUGCCAAUCUGAACGAUCAAUAUAGUAAAGGUAGCAUCCAUAUAUGGCAUGCUCCUAGUUCAUGUUCAGAUCAAGUACAUGUAACUGAUUCAUUUCUCGACAAAAAUAAGCAUCGAACAUUAUUUAAUAUUAAAUGUUACAAUGGCAAGUCAAUUAAAAAUCAUUCACACUAUCCGAACGAAAAUGAAACUAUUUUACCACCUGGUACAUGUAUACGAGUUAAAUUACAGUCAAAUCCAGCUGAUAAAUUGUACAUUAUUUCUUGUGAAGAAAUUAUGCUCACUCCUGAAGAAAUGAAUAAUCUUUUAGCAACUGGAGCUAUUGCUACUGCAUCAGCUAUAAUGCCUAUGACAACGUCAGUCUUGUAUUUGUUAUGGCUCGAUCCAAAUGUUAACAAAUCAAAAGAAAAUGUAGCAACACAAGGAGAGUUACGCACUUUGUUCAAAGAUGAUUUUCAAACGUUUGACAAAGCUGACGAAUGUGAAUUGUCUAUCAAUCAAAAGAAAAAUGAUCGUAUAGUUUUAAUUGUUAGUGGACAACUCGGACGAAAAAUUGUACCGGAAAUUCAUGAUUUGCCACAGAUGGCAUGCAUUUUUUUAUAUUGUAUGGACAAAGAAGCAAAUGAAAAAUGGACAAAAAACUAUACAAAAGGAGAACGAUUAGAUAAUAUUGAUGAAAAAUCUAUUGAAUUAUUACGAACAAAAUUCUUUGUUUAUGAAACUGAAGGAAUUCAAUGUCAAUUAACUUUUCAAAAUCGAACAAUUACACUUAAUUCAACAGAAUGCAGUUCAUGUGCAUUGGAACAUGAAAAAAAUAAAGUUACUUUAUAUAUUCAAAAAGAUAUUUCAACUCUUGAUUAUAUUGAUAUUGCUACGGAAUUAACACGAUUUGUUUAUAAAAAGCCACUUGAUGCAUUAGUUCAUUCUAUCAGUGAUAAACUUGCUUCACCGUUAGAAACACUCAAACGACGUGGAAUUCCUGUUGAUCGAUUGUUAAAACUUGCACCACAACAAUUAGUUAAGUUAGAAUUACAAAAUGAAAAAAUAAAAAUCGAGAAGAAUAAUGUUGAAAAACUUCCAUUAAAACAACAAGAAUCAUUAUGUCAAUCAGAAGAAAUUGAAAAAUUCGAUCAAAAUCAACAAAAUGAUCAAAUACAACGAGGAUUUUUUCAAAGUUUAAAAGACUUUUUAGUUCCUAAUCGAUAUUCUUCCUCGUCUUCUUUUUCGAAUAAUUCUAUUGAAAAUAUUUCCAGUACAAUUGAACGAGAUCGUAUAAAUAAUUUUGGACAAAAUAAAUCUUUUGAUGAAGCUGAUAUUAGAACUAUGAUUCGAACAAGUCGAACUUAUUCUGCAAAAGAAUUUAAUCAAUCAGAACAUUCUAGAAAUGAAAGUAAUAAUUCAUGUGAAUAUAUUCCACCUUCAAAUAUGAUUCGUUAUGAUCAUCUUCUUUAUGGAAUUUCUCUUUAUAUUGAUUGUAAUCUAACUUUAACUGAUGCUAUGAUUGAUCAAGGCAAACAACUUGCACGGUUACUAUCUGGUCUUGCAAAAGAUGUUUUUAGCAUGCCCGUACAAACAAUGCAUCUAUUUCGUGAUAUUGACAGUGCACGUAUUGCUUUCAAUAAUAAUGGUGCAUUAUUCUUCAAUCUUCGUUAUUUUGAACAAAUAUUUGCUGAUGAUCUUAAAGCAUAUCUUCCUAAUGCUUCAUCAUCGAUUCCAAUUGUUCGUACUAUAAUUAAUUUUUAUUAUAUGGUUGCUUGUCAUGAAUUAUCACAUAAUAUUGAUUCAAGUCAUGAUUUAAAUUUUAUUAAUCGUCUUGAAAAAGUUUCCGUUCGAUUUAUGGAUUUAAAAGAUACAUUUCUAUCCAAAUUUUCUUUUCAAUAA